AUGUUCGUGCAGAGCACGUUUCAGUGUUUAUACUGUUACCUGGUAACGUGUGCUCACAACGUCCUAUUGGUAUUGGGAAGUUCAAGAAAUAGUUCUAAAAGUGUGAUUUCUGAAUACAAUUAUACAGAAUGUUUGGCUCAAAUAGAAAAGGAGUUGACAAAGUUGGAAGAUUCCAUUACAGAGAAACUAGUGGAAUGUGCACUACUAGAGAUUGAACUUGUGAUGAAUCUAACUCCACCAGAAUUCACUGAUGUCCAUCAAAUCUCACGAGUAGAGUCCGAUUCUGCUGAACAAAUAAAACAAACAGAAGAUAAAAUAAAAUGCCUUAUUCCUGUAGAUACUGACUUUAAAUCCUAAUAAUACUUGUCUAUCUUUAAAGAACCUAUAGAAGGCAUUGCAUUUAGAAAUAUUUUAAAAUACAUAUUUAAUUUACUAAUAUUACAGAUUUACACUCUUUUACAUA